UAGCUUCAUAGAGAGAGAAAGAGAGGAGUAAGCACGCAGAGCAAGCGAUCUCUAGAGAGAGAAAGCUCGAAAACCCCCCCACUCGCACAGUCGAUCUCAUCUCCUCUCUCUCUCUCUCUCUCUCUCUCUCUCACUAUCAGUCCUCCAUUGUCAAAUACUCGAAUGUCUCGCCUCAAAGCUUCCUCCUCCAUUACCAUACCCAUUGGCCCAAUGCUCCAUUGUCCCGCCCCCUGCUCCCUCGAUUGACUGCUCCCUCAUUCCCGUCGUGUCUCUUCUCUGCUCAUCGAAAGCGGUGGGCAGCUAGCUCAACCGGUGUGUCUAGGGUUUUUGGUGAUGGCAGCGUGGUGAUUCGAUGGCGACGAGGCUUCUGGAUUUCCCGCCGCUGGUGCUGCGGCGGGGGCGCGAGCUGGAGUGCGGGAAGGCGGGGAGGAAGGGCGGGAGGUUUGGCCGAGUCAGGGCGAGUCGGGGUCGGAUCAGGUGCUGCUGCUCCGACCCGGUAGUUCCUGCUCGGAGGACGAAGAGUGCGGAGAAGGCCGAGGAUAUGUGGCGGUUCGAUCCGCAAAAGGUCCCGCCCGGUCCCAGAGUUCGAGUCCAUGCCACGCCUUCCAGGCCAUUCUCUUCUCCUCCAUCACAUUUUGUCUCCAGGCAAGAAAAGUUUUCUCCCCGAUGCACCCCAAGAGGUUCUGGUCCGCAGUCCCGUGAUACUCCACCUAAAAGAGAUUUUCUAUCAAUUGAUCCUAGACACUGGUAUUGCAAAUGAGAAGGACUGGGGCAUCAACUUGUUAAAUGAACAUGUUAAUGAGUCUGGCACUAAUGAAGAUGGCAGCGCUUGGUAUAGGGAGAGCGGGGAGGACCUGGGUGAUAAUGGAUACAGAUGUAGAUGGACAAGGAUGGGUGGCCGAUCUCAUGAUGGUUCUUCCGAAUGGAAAGAAACGUGGUGGGAGAAAAGUGACUGGAGUGGUUACAAGGAGCUAGGAGUUGAGAAAUCUGGUAGAAAUGCUGAAGGGGAUUCAUGGUGGGAGACAUGGAAUGAAGUUCUUUAUCAAGAUGAGUGGAGUAAUUUAGCCAGGAUAGAGAGGAGUGCCCAGAAACAAGCAAAAUCCGGAACUGAAAAUGCUGGGUGGUAUGAGAAAUGGUGGGAAAAAUAUGAUGCUAAAGGGUGGACUGAGAAGGGCGCCCACAAGUAUGGCAGAUUGAAUGAACAAUCAUGGUGGGAAAAGUGGGGAGAGCACUAUGAUGGUAGAGGAUCCGUCUUGAAAUGGACAGAUAAAUGGGCAGAGACAGAACUUGGAACCAAAUGGGGAGACAAGUGGGAAGAGAAAUUCUUUGCCGGAAUAGGUUCACGCCAAGGGGAGACCUGGCAUGUUUCUCCGAGUGGUGAACGAUGGUGGAGAACAUGGGGUGAAGAGCACUUUGGAAACGGGAAGGUGCACAAAUACGGAAAGAGCACGACCGGAGAAAGCUGGGACAUUGUCGUGGAUGAGGAGACCUGUUAUGAGGCGGAGCCUCACUACGGUUGGGCAGAUGUGGUUGGCGAUUCGACGCAGUUGCUAUCGAUCCAACCCCGCGAGAGGCCUCCCGGAGUUUUCCCGAAUCUCGACUUUGGAUCAAUCCCUUCACCUCCGCUGGAGGAUUCUCCCGACUCCCCUUCCCAGUAGCCAAGGAGAAGAUUUUGCUUCUAAGUUUGAUUGCCCAUCAGGUUUGGUGGCUGGCUGGCUUGCUAGGCUUCUCUUUUAGCUUUAGGUGGUUCUGAAAUAUCUCUUCUUGUCCAAACCCCGAUUGUAGUACUGUGGUCUCGAACUAUCGAUGUAUCAGAAAGGAUGUGAAUUAAUUAUUGUUUGAUUGGUUCA